UAUAACUUUUUAGGAAACUGUGGGGAACACUUAUACACACACACACACACACACACACACACGCACGCACACAAUACAUAUGUGCAUACACGCAUGCAGACACACGCCAUCCUCCAACUAUCUGCAAGUGCAGGCUCCCAAGUGAGUCUGUCUCACAGUAGAGGUAUGCUGCACGCGGGUCCUACAGCAGUGAGCGAGUGAGUGUGUUUUGCGUGUGCACUCUCGAACGAAGAAGACAACUCCACUGACUCAACUUCACUUGUUGAAUCUGCUGAAUGCGCUUAUCUGGACUGGACAUACUUGGCUACACAGACUGGACAGUGGAUGCUUUGGCUGUAAAUGAGGAAUACUUUUCUUCUCCCGAGAGUAUGAAAGGGACAGACAGAGUUGAGACAAAAGAGAAAAGGUGAGAGAGAGACAGAGGAAGAAAGGGAGAGAGAGACACACACAGAGAAAGAGAGAUCUACUACAGUGUGUGUGCAAGAGACAAGAGAAAAGACAAACAAAGGAAUAUCUGCACUUCCCUAGCGUUUUCUUUUCCACAUGUCUGUUUCUAUCCCAUCUCUCAGAACUUGUGUGUGUGUGUGUGUUUGAGUGUAUGUGUAAGUGAGAUUCUGUGGACAAUACAGAAGUGGAGAAGUGGGACCGAGUGUGUGCAUUCUUGGAGAGGUGAUACCAUGCCUGCGGUGAGGGACAGCAGCAGUUGGGGAGUAUGUGUGGUUCUCUUGCUAGGCACUCUGCUGGUGGUAACUAGCGGCAACGCCAGCCACGGCGAAGAGGGUGUGCACAGGAGACCCUCCUGCUAUGGCGGCUUCGACCUCUACUUCGUCCUGGACAAGUCUGGCAGUGUGAUGCACCACUGGAAUGAGAUCUAUCACUUCGUGGAACACCUGGCCCAUAAAUUCAUAAGCCCACAGCUGCGGAUGUCUUUUAUAGUGUUCUCUACUGAGGGACGGAUCCUGAUGCGUCUCACAGAAGACAGGGAUCAAAUCCGUAAGGGUCUAGAAGAGCUGCAGCGGGUGCUUCCAGGUGGCGACACGUUCAUGCAUGAAGGCAUCCAGCGGGCCAGCGAGCAGAUUUACUAUGGAAAUUCCGAAGGGUACCGGACCGCCAGUGUCAUCAUCGCCCUGACCGACGGGGAACUGCACGACAACUACUUCUUCUACGCCGAGCGAGAGGCCAACCGCUCCCGAAGCCUGGGCGCCUCAGUGUACUGCGUGGGGGUGAAGGACUUCAACGAGACCCAGUUGGCCAAGAUCGCUGAUAGCAAGGACCAUGUCUUUCCAGUGAAUGGUGGUUUUGAUGCCUUGCAAGGGGUCAUUGAUUCGAUCCUCAGGAAGUCCUGCAUUGAGAUCCUGGCAGCCGAGCCCUCCAGUAUCUGCGCAGGAGAAACGUUCCAGGUGGUGGUGCAUGGGAAUGGAUUCCUGCACGCUCGCAACGUGGAAAAAGUCCUCUGCACCUUCCGCAUCAAUGACACGCUCACCAGAAUGGUGAAGCCUCUAAUUGUUGAGGACACAUACAUGCUCUGUCCAGCACCAGUGCUGAGUGAGGAGGGAACUGCUGCUUCCCUGUACGUCAGCAUGAACGAAGGCCUGAGUUUCAUCUCCAGUUCCGUCACCAUCACCACUGUUGGCUGUUCGGAUGGGACCAUCUUGGCCAUAGCGCUGCUUAUCCUGAUGCUGCUCCUCAUCCUGGCCCUCCUUUGGUGGUUCUGGCCUCUCUGCUGCACCGUGAUUAUCCAUGAGCCUCCACCUCCAGUCAUAGAAGACAGCUCGGAUGAGGAGGAGGAGGAUGGCAUGCCCAAGAAGAAAUGGCCCACGGUGGACGCCUCCUACUAUGGAGGCCGGGGAGUAGGAGGCAUCAAGCGGAUGGAGGUGCGCUGGGGCGACAAGGGUUCUACGGAGGAGGGUGCUAAGUUGGAGAAGGCCAAGAAUGCGCGGGUCAAGAUGCCUGAGCAGGAGGAGUACGAGCUGGCCCCAACACGCAUCCUCAACAACGGCAUGAGGAAACCAGCUAGCCCCCACAAGUGGUAUUCCCCCAUCAAGGGCAAGCUGGAUGCCUUGUGGGUUCUCCUGAGGAAAGGAUACGACCGUGUGUCAGUCAUGAGACCACAGCCAGGGGACAGGGGUCGUUGCAUGAACUUCACCCGGGUCAAGGCCAGCCCUCUGCCUCGCUACCCGGCCUUCAGGCACCACUCCACUCCCAUCUACACCCCUCCGCCCGGUAGCAGCCCUCCGCCCUCCCUACACACCAUUCUGCCCCCACCCUCGCGCAGCCCCCCUGCCUCGCCGUCCUCCACCCUCCCACCACUGCCCUCCACACCCCCUCCAUGCUCGUCUUCCACUCCUUCACCUCCAACCACCCCACCGCCGACCACACCUCCACCCCCACCCUACACCCCUCCACCGACCCGUGCCCUGCCCCCCACCACUCUGUACCUGCCUCCACCGGUGUCUUCACCUUCACCUCCGUCAUCCCCAACCGGAUCCUUGCCACCUCUUCCUCUGUCUCCACCCCCGGGUAGAGCCCCUCCCCCCGAUCGCCCACCCCCACGUCCUUCCCAGUAAAUCAGCUGUUUUGAUUUGAGGAUUUGGAAGGCAGCGGCUCUGCUUCUUGGAGCUGAUUGGUUGAUUGGGCUGAAAGUGAAGUGUGGCAGACAAACAGACAGACAGACAGACAGACAGACAGACAGGAAGUGCAUACCUAUGACUCCUCUCGGACUCUUACUUGUCUCCAUCAGAACCAGCGACACGAACACAAAACUGCCUGAACAUGUGGACCAGCUGCCUACUGGGACAGAUUAGCAAGAGGGGGGGAAAUGCAUCCUAUUGCUGCCAGGCCUCAAUGCACAAGAAAGUAAACAGCAAUCCAUCAACAUUCAUCUCACAAACUCACGCCACACUGCACUCAGCACCACCACAGCGUCAGAGUCCUGGACAUUUGCAAAUAAACAAACAGACAGUGGCGGCUUGCUUGGCUUCUAACCCAGCGGUUACCACACAUAGAAUGUGUGCAACUGUCAUUACCACACGACAAGUGGGGAUGGACAACGCAUUAGCCCACUUUUUAACCAGCAUCUGCCAAAUCUUUAAAAGGCCGGGGGUGUGGGGGGGGGGGCGAUGUCUUUGGAGAAUGAAGGAGCGAGCGCUUGAAGAGAAAAAGGUGUUUGGAGAUUUCCUGUUUGUGGCAUGCACAUGUACUCUCUGGCUUGUAAAGAAACAGGCUUUACGUGCCUGGGAAUGGGUUCUGUUUGUGGAAGGUAAAAUGCACGGCUAAUUUUGACCUAAGGGUACAGUACAGUUUCCACUCUAUAGAGCAAGCUACUGUACAACCACCUUUUUUAAAAUGUAGGUGAAGUGACAUUCUUGCACAAGUCCAUUGUAAAGAACCAAAAAAACUGGAAAAGUUAUUGAAUGCAUCUAUUUGUUAAUGUUUAUAACAUUUGUGUUAUAUUGUGUGUGGAGACGUUUUUUCACCUUUAUUUUAUUUUUUUAUUAUUUCUAAGGAUGUGGCUGACAGUCGUCAGGUCCUCAAUUCAGGACACAUUUGCUUUGCGGAAGAAUGAAUGAAUGAAUGAUUUCUUACACGUUUCUUCAGCUCCUAAUAACUGACCAAAGAACUUGUUGAUGUGACGACGUUGUCAAUAUUAUACAAUAGCUUGAUGCAGACAGCAUGUGCACAACCGUACACAACACAGGGGAGUUUAUCUCUCUAUGAAGGAAAAUCAAGAGUUGCAGGGAUAUGUUGAAGGAUCACUUGAAAUUUAUAAUUCAGGUUUACGCAAAUUGUUUGCUCACAGACUAAAUGUAAACACAUGCAUGAUUAAGUGUCAUUGCUAGUAUUUGUAGAACAUUUUCAUACAUUUCUUUCAUAAAUGUGUUUUUUGUAGAAAUACACCUUACUCCUUCU